AUCGUUACGUCGAAUCUUAAAUCAACUCACAAUGGCUCGUACUAAGCAAACUGCGCGUAAGUCGACCGGUGGAAAGGCUCCACGCAAACAACUCGCCACCAAGGCUGCUCGUAAGAGUGCGCCAGCGACCGGAGGAGUCAAGAAGCCUCAUCGUUACCGUCCCGGCACAGUUGCUCUCCGUGAAAUUCGUCGCUACCAAAAGAGCACAGAACUUCUCAUCCGUAAACUACCAUUCCAACGUCUGGUUCGUGAAAUCGCUCAAGAUUUCAAAACUGAUCUGAGAUUCCAGAGCUCAGCUGUGAUGGCUCUCCAGGAAGCCAGCGAGGCCUACUUAGUUGGUCUCUUCGAAGAUACCAACCUCUGUGCCAUCCACGCCAAACGUGUCACCAUCAUGCCCAAGGACAUCCAGUUGGCUCGUCGUAUCCGAGGAGAACGUGCCUAAGUCAUCUCCACUUCGAACAUAAAACCAAACGGCCCUUUUCAGGGCCAUCAAAUUUUUUUAACAAAGAAAAUUUUUCGAGUUUGUUCCGUCUCUUAUAUAUCCUAUCGUUUUUUUUUUUCUUACUAAUAAAAUUCUAAUAGAUCUUUAAAAUAAAUUCAACCAUCAUCCCAUUUUUAUUUAUCUACUUUGAUAUUUAAUAUAAAUAA